GUCAUGCUCUAUUGCGCAUGCCUUGGGGAGGGGCAGCAACAGAGACUGACAGUGGGGCAGAGGCCUGAGCGAGGGGGAAAAAACCUCUCCCGGGCCCGCGGGUAGACCAAAACGGCUAGUGCGUCACUUCCUCUGGGGGCGGGACGGGGCGGGGCUGAGUAGGCGGCGACCCGGCAGCUGCGUGAGUGUUUGUGUUGAAAGCUCAGCUGAUGCAGGCCGGCCGGAGUGGACGUCAAUGCCGGGAACAAGCGAGUCGCCGCCGCCGCCCUAGUGACUGCGGCCUGCAUCCCGGUAAGACCAUGAAUUGUGGCAUUUCUUAAAUGAAGCAUUCAAGAAUGAAGUGAGAGAAUGGCAUAUAGAAAAUAAACGAUUUUUAAGUUAUGUCUGUUUAUCUGACUGUAGAUAUAUAUAUUUACCUCCUUAGUAAUGCAAGAAGCCUUUGUGGGAAGCAGAGAAGCAAGCAGCUGCAUUUCUUGUUCUCACCUAAGCAUUACUGGAGGAUAAGUCACAUCAGUCUACAAAGAGGUUUUCAUACAAACAAAGUGAGAUGUAAAUGGACCAAAAGUGAAGCACAUUCUUGCAGUAAGCACUGUUACUCGCCAAGCAACCAUGGUUUACAUAUUGGAAUUCUGAAACUUAGCACGUCUGCUCCCAAGGGACUUACAAAAGUGAACAUUCGUAUGUCCCGUAUUAAAAGUACUUUGAACUCUGUUUCCAAGGCUGUUUUUGGCAAUCAAAAUGAAAUGAUUUCACGUUUAGUUCAAUUUAAGCCAAGUUCUCGAAUUUUAAGAAAAGUAUCAGAUAGUGGCUGGUUAAAACAGGAAAACAUUAAACAAGCCAUCAAAUCUCUGAAAAAAUAUAGUGACAAAUCAGUAGAAAAGAGUCCUUUUUCAGAAGAGAAAAGUCACAUUAUAGACAAAGAAGAUACAGGUAAACACAGUCUUUUUCAUUACACAAAUACUAUAACCACAAAAUUUGGAGAGUCAUUCUACUUUUUGUCAAAUCAUAUUAAUUCAUAUUUCAAACAUAAAGAAAACAUGUCUCAAGAAAAGGAAAAUAAACAUUUCCAGGAUGAAUCAGAACUUGAAGAUAAAAAAGUUGAAGAGAGGAAAGUAAGUUCUCCAGAUCCUGCCAUCCUGGCUGAUAAGCCAGGCUCAGAAUCUUUAGAUACUGUGGACAAGCCUGUGAGUCCUGGUGCGAUACCUGAUGUUCUUCCAGUUUCAACUAAACAAAGUAUUGCUAACUUUCUUUCUCGUCCCACGGAAGGUGUACAAGCUUUAGUAGGAGGUUAUAUUGGUGGACUUGUCCCCAAAUUAAAGUAUGAUUCAAAGAGUCAGUCAGAAGAACAAGAAGAGCCUGCUAAAACUGAUCAGGCUGUCAGCAAAGACAGAAAUGCAGAGGAGAAAAAGCGUUUAUCUCUUCAGCGAGAAAAGAUUAUUGCAAGGGUGAGUAUUGAUAAUAGGACCCGGGCGUUAGUUCAGGCAUUAAGAAGAACAACUGACCCAAAGCUCUGCAUUACUAGGGUUGAAGAACUGACUUUUCAUCUUCUAGAAUUUCCAGAAGGAAAAGGAGUGGCUGUCAAGGAAAAAAUUAUUCCAUAUUUAUUACGACUGAGACAAAUUAAGGAUGAAACUCUUCAGGCUGCAGUUAGAGAAAUUUUGGCCUUAAUUGGCUACGUGGAUCCAGUGAAAGGGAGAGGAAUCCGAAUUCUCACAAUUGAUGGUGGAGGAACAAGGGGCGUGGUUGCUCUCCAGACCCUACGAAAAUUAGUUGAACUUACUCAGAAGCCAGUUCAUCAGCUCUUUGAUUACAUUUGUGGUGUUAGUACAGGUGCCAUAUUAGCUUUCAUGUUGGGGUUGUUUCAUAUGCCCUUGGAUGAAUGUGAGGAACUUUAUCGAAAAUUGGGAUCAGAUGUAUUUUCACAAAAUGUCAUUGUUGGAACAGUCAAAAUGAGUUGGAGCCAUGCAUUUUAUGACAGUCAAACAUGGGAAAACAUUCUUAAGGAUAGGAUGGGAUCUGCACUGAUGAUUGAAACAGCAAGAAACCCCACAUGUCCUAAGGUAGCUGCUGUAAGUACCAUAGUAAAUAGAGGGAUAACACCAAAAGCUUUUGUGUUCAGAAACUAUGGUCAUUUUCCUGGAAUCAACUCUCAUUAUUUGGGAGGCUGUCAGUACAAAAUGUGGCAGGCCAUUAGAGCCUCAUCUGCUGCUCCAGGCUACUUUGCAGAAUAUGCGUUGGGAAAUGAUCUUCAUCAAGAUGGAGGUUUGCUUCUGAAUAACCCUUCAGCAUUAGCUAUGCAUGAGUGUAAAUGCCUUUGGCCAGAUGUACCAUUAGAGUGCAUAGUAUCCUUGGGCACUGGACGUUAUGAGAGUGAUGUGAGAAACACGGUGACACACACAAGCCUGAAAACCAAACUUUCUAAUGUUAUCAACAGUGCUACAGAUACAGAAGAAGUCCAUAUAAUGCUUGAUGGCCUGUUACCUCCUGACACCUAUUUUAGAUUCAAUCCUGUAAUGUGUGAAAACAUACCUCUAGAUGAAAGUCGAAAUGAAAAGCUGGAUCAGCUGCAGUUGGAAGGGUUGAAAUACAUUGAAAGAAAUGAACAAAAAAUGAAAAAAGUUGCAAAAAUAUUAAGUCAAGAAAAAACAACUCUGCAGAAAAUUAAUGAUUGGAUAAAAUUAAAAACGGACAUGUAUGAAGGCCUUCCAUUCUUUUCAAAAUUGUGAUCAGUAUAUGCAUAUGUUCUGAUAAAUGAAGGCCUGUUCAGAAGACUCACCAAAUUCAAUAAGGAAUUGUGGGUUCAACUUGUUUUAACUUUAAAAUACUUAUGAAUUCUGGAGAAUCCUGAAAAAGGUGGUGCUUUGACUAGCUUGCACAGCAGAGAGAAUAUUCUUGAUUACAGAAUUCAUAAUGGGAAUUAGGCUUUUAAGAUGUUAAUAAUUAACUAAGCUUUAGUAAUCUUACUGUGGUUUUAGUAAAUUUUGGUGUUAUAUUGUUUGAUGUUUGAAAAUUUAUUAAUAUAUGUGCUGAACAAGAAACUGAAAGCUAUAUUGUACUUUGUAUUUUUACUUUAGUCCUCAUUAUCAUGUUGAAUUUAUGUGAUCAUUGAUUUUAUUUCAUAUGGAAAAGCUAAUUUCUUCUUAAAUUUACAUUACCUGAUAUUCUCACUAGCUACGUUCUGCAGUCCACACUGCCUUUAUUGUAAUAGCAUCUAAAUAGAUGAAGAAAAAUGGAAUUUUCUCCAUUAAAAUAUUUUACAUUUGAAUAUAAAAGAACCAGAUACAGUUUUCUAUUCAGGUGUGUUUAACAUUGGUUAAAAAGGAUAGGUGAAGUUCCAGUCAACUACUUUUUCCCCCUGAAAUUUCAAGAUAAUGCUGUAUUAACUUUUCUAGAUCUAACACUAGCUUAUCCCUCCCUGUUAUAAAAUGGUUUGAACUUACUGAGAAAAUAUUCCUAUCAUUAACGAAAAUAAACUUUUUAAGUAAUCUGUUGUUAAA